UUGCUGUACCAGGGCACCAGGCCAGUUCCAGUGAGUACGGAGCCCCCGGGCUGACUACAAUUAGUUCAGUGGUUAGGCAGAGGUCUUCAAACACGCUGUGUUUUCAGAGAGUUCAUGGAAAUGGCUUAGAAGAAGCAAGAAAUCUUGUUACCAUCCUCCCUGACUCAAAGUCUGCACACUUCCAAAUCUAAUUCAAUACCUGAGAGUCCUUACAUAAGCAGGCUAAUUCAGAGCGAACUGGUCUUUGCAAGUUGUCGUGUUCACGGAACAACAGAUUUAGGAAUGUAUGUUUGAGGUUAAACACACACCUUUCAGAUCACUUGUAUUUUUAUUCUAAGAUUACCUAACAAAGAAGAAUUGUCCCUGAGCAAUAAGCAAACAGCAGUUCAGAAAACAAGUGGCAGGUGUGGAAUCAGUGACCACACCAGCUUCUGUGCAAACCAGAGCUGCAGAGACCAUGUUCAUGGGUAGGAAGUGUUGCGAAAAGCUUGAUUUUAACUCCCUUCAUCUCAAAAUAAUGUGGCCACAGCAGUCCCCAACACCAGUACAGAACAAUAUCUGUCACAGCCUCAGGGGACAAGAAUACCCCAGCUCCUUGCUAAGUGUCUUACCCACAGGUUAGACGCCUCUUUACCUCUCGUCCAAGAUGCAAUUUAGUCAUUUAGAAUGUCGUGCAAAGGUGCUGUUUAUCAUAAAAUAACUCCACUCCUUAAAUACUGCCAAAUCAGCACUUAAACAUGCUCUCCCAUACGUCCAGACAUCACACAGCACUCUACUGCUGCUCCUUUUAUUGGCAAAGGUUUCUGCCAGUCAAUCAGUCUGCUAGUGGAGACAGACUAGGAACUGCAACAGAAGACACAAUCAAGGCAAAGUGGAGCCCCAAGAUGUGGUGCCUCCUCACGCUGCUCUGCUUUCAAGCAAUUGCCUUUUCAGCAGGAUUCACAACACCCUACACUCUGAACUCAGACGAAAGUCAGUUCAGGAAGACUUGUGACCCUGAAUCCUUUAUGAAUGUUAGUGAAAUUAUCAGAUAUCAUGGAUACCCCAGUGAGGAAUAUGAAGUUACUACAGAGGAUGGGUACAUUCUUAGAGUUUUCAGAAUUCCUGCUGGGAGGAACAGCCAAAAUACAGGGAAAAAGCCUGCAAUCUUGCUACACCAUGGUACUUUAGGAGAUUGCAUUCACUGGAUUUCUAACCUGCCUAAUAGCAGCUUGGGCUUCAUCCUCGCAGAUGCUGGCUAUGACGUCUGGUUGGGAAACAGCCGAGGAAACACCUGGUCUUUAAAACACAAGACCCUUAAGCCCUGCCAGAAAGAGUUUUGGCAGUUCAGCUUUGAUGAAAUAGGUAAAUACGAUGUUCGAGGAGAGCUGAACUUCAUAAUGAAUAAAACCGGACAGAAGGAUGUAUAUUUUGUUGGUCACUCAGAGGCUGGAACUGCAGGCUUUAUAGCACUUGCUACUUAUCCUGAAUUGGCUCAAAGGGUUAAAGUGUUCUUCGCUUUGGGACCAGUAGUCACAACCACAUAUGGUACCAGCCCUCUAGUAACAUUUGCACGGCUUCCCCAGUUUCUGAUCAAGUUAUUCAUUGGCUGCAAAGGAGUUCUUCAGCAGAAUGAGCUGCUGAAACCGCCUCUAGUAUGGUUCUGUGGAUCUCUGGGAAAGCUUUGUGGCAGUAUCUUAGGCUUCCUAGCUGGGGACAAGGUUCAAAAUCUGAACACGAGUCGAAUAGAUGUAUAUGUAGGACAUUACCCUGCUGGGACAUCAGUACAGAACGCUCUUCACUGGCAUCAGGUAAUAUAUGCAGACCAAUUGCAAGCUUUUGACUAUGGCUCUAAGGAAAACAUGAAGAAAUACAACCAGGUAAGGCAAUACAGUUUCCCUGAGAACUCAUCCUCAGGUCAUGAAAAAAAAAAUAACAGAAAAAUUCACAUUUCAGCACCUGUAGGUGAUACAGAAAGAGAGUGUCUGAGACAGCUAAGAAAGUUUGGUUUGCCUGUUCUACUGAUGCAGACAUGUGUCAAAAAACAUUUCCAAAAGGCUAAGAGCCACAGCCAAGUCCUAGAACUGGGUGAGUAUGGAGCUCUUCACUCCCCCCAGAAUCCUCAAGCCUACUCCUCCUGUGUACAAGAUAGAGGAAAUAAACACACCAAUUGCUGUCUGGAGUGGUGGACGGGACAAAUUUGCAGAUCCAAAAGACACGGCAAAGCUGCUCCCUCGGAUUAAAAAUCUCAUUUAUCAUGAGCAUUUUCCUUCUUGGGGUCAUCUUAGUUUCAUCUGGGGCCUUGAUGCACCUCAGAAAAUGUAUCAAAAAAUCAUUGAACUGCUAGAAAAAUAUCCUUAAAGCUUCACACACAGGGAAUUCAAACACUCAGUAAAACCCCCAAAUAUUUCUAUUUAGUGGUAGAAUAUGGUUAUAGGGAUUGGUAUAGGCAUUUAAAAGCCACUGUUGGUUGGUUUGCAACUUUCUAACAUUGUUUUCCAUGGUGUUGCUUAUCUUGGUGACUGCAGUCUCUCUGAAGAUGUUGAGGUACAUGGGGAUGACCACUGAAAAUACAAACAUAUUAGAAGGAAUGCUUCAUGGAUUACUUCGUUUGGAAGAUUUUAGCUUUUUAGGACUGAUUUUAUUACAACUCAGAUUUCAUUUUUUCGUCCCUUGUACAUCAAUACCACAUAU